AUGCCCGGCAUGAUGGAGAAAGGGCCCGAGUUACUGGGGAAGAGCCGAUCGGCCAACGGCGGCGCCAAGAGCCCGGCGGGCGGCGGCGGCUCCUCGGCCAACGGCGGGCUGCACUUCUCGGAGCCCGAGAGCGGCUGCAGCAGCGACGACGAGCACGGGGAUGUUGGGAUGAGAGUCGGAGCUGAAUACCAAGCUCGGAUCCCUGAAUUCGAUCCAGGUGCUACCAAGUACACAGAUAAAGACAAUGGAGGCAUGCUUGUGUGGUCUCCUUAUCACAGUAUCCCAGAUGCCAAAUUGGAUGAGUAUGUAAGCCAUUGCAAGGAACACGGCUACAAUGUUGAACAGGCACUUGGCAUGUUGUUCUGGCACAAGCACAACAUUGAGAAGUCCCUUGCGGACCUCCCUAAUUUCACGCCCUUCCCGGAUGAGUGGACAGUGGAAGACAAAGUCCUGUUUGAACAAGCCUUUAGUUUCCAUGGGAAGAGCUUCCACAGGAUCCAGCAAAUGCUUCCAGAUAAGACAAUUGCAAGUCUUGUAAAGUAUUACUAUUCUUGGAAAAAAACUCGCUCAAGGACAAGUUUGAUGGACCGGCAGGCUCGUAAACUAGCCAACAGACACAAUCAAGGUGACAGUGAUGAUGAUGUGGAAGAACCUCACCCCAUGGAUGGGAACGACAGCGACUAUGACCCAAAGAAAGAAGCCAAGAGAGAGGGUAACUCUGAACAGCCAGUCCAAACGAGCAAGAUAGGCCUGGGGAGGAGAGAGUACCAGAGUCUGCAACACCGUCAUCACUCGCAGCGCUCCAAGUGCCGCCCUCCUAAGGGCAUGUAUCUAACCCAGGAGGAUGUGGUGGCUGUUUCCUGCAGUCCCAACGCAGCCAACACCAUCCUGAGGCAACUGGACAUGGAGCUGAUCUCUCUCAAGCGCCAGGUUCAGAAUGCUAAGCAAGUAAACAGUGCGCUUAAGCAGAAAAUGGAAGGUGGAAUUGAAGAGUUCAAACCGCCUGAGUCAAAUCAGAAAAUUAAUGCCCGUUGGACCACAGAGGAGCAGCUUCUAGCAGUGCAAGGUGUCCGCAAAUAUGGUAAAGAUUUUCAAGCUAUUGCAGAUGUAAUUGGCAACAAGACUGUUGGCCAAGUGAAGAACUUCUUUGUAAACUACAGGCGUCGGUUUAACUUAGAGGAGGUAUUGCAGGAGUGGGAAGCAGAACAAGGAACCCAGGCUUCUAAUGCUGAUACUUCUGCUUUAGGGGAGGAGACAAAAAGUGCUUCUAAUGUGCCGUCAGGGAAGAGCACUGACGAAGAAGAGGAGGCACAGACCCCACAGGUUCCUCGGACUCUGGGUCCAUCACCUCCUGCCCCAUCAUCCACUCCAACACCAACAGCCCCCAUUGCCACUCUGAACCAGCCGCCACCACUUCUUCGUCCAACACUGCCUGCCGCCCCUGCUCUUCACCGGCAACCUCCUCCUCUCCAGCAGCAGGCUCGGUUCAUCCAGCCCCGGCCAACUCCCAAUCAGCCUCCACCACCUCUCAUCCGCCCUGCUAACUCCAUGCCACCCCGCCUAAACCCGAGGCCAGUGCUGACCACGGCAGGUGGUCAGCAGCCACCUUCACUCAUUGGGAUUCAGACAGAGUCACAGCCUUCACUGCACUAAUUACACUGGACAGAUUCUCACCUACCAUUGCACCAGUGCUCAUUUGACUGAUCCAAACAAGGCAAGCUAGUUCUUCCCGUGGCGGCGGUCUGGCCUCAGUGGGUGCGCACACAGGAAGUGUGGCGGUGGACUAGUGUAAGUGGUGUGACACAGCAGGAAGCCUCUAGUUGGCCUCCUUUCCAGUGUCCACUGCGAACUCCCGGGAAGAAAGUAUUCUGUAUACCGAGGGGUUUUCGUUCAUUUUUACUGUAUUUAUUUUGUUGAGGUUUUUUUUUUUUUUUUUAUUUCCUGCCUCUUCAUACUCAAAACUGUUAGUACAAAAAAUAUUGACUUAGGAAUUAUAAAAAAACAAAAACAAAAACAAAAAAAAACAACUCCUUAAGUUCCUUAAGGAUGUUUAUCUUUUUGCUUUUUUCUUUAAUUUAAAUUAAAAACAAACAAACAAACAGACACUUUCCUAUGUUAGGAGUGCAAGAUAAAUAGCCUGCAUUUCAGAUUUUGAUAUGUUCAUAUUUAAGAAAUUAUAGCUUCAUAUCCCUUUUUUUCAAAAUAUGUUGCUUUUUUUCCUAAAGGAAUUUUAAUACAUUCCUUUAAAGGAAAGCAAUUAAGUCAAUUGCAAAGCAAUUAUGAAACCACAAAGAAUGUAUUGAACCUGCUAACCCUUUAACAUAGUCUGGGGUCCUAGGCAAAGUCCUUGUUUAAAGGUCUUUGCCCCUGUUAUUCUGUCAGUAAUAGAGGUUUGGAAUCACUCACAUGCAGAAAAAGGACUUAAAAUUUGGUGAGAUAUAAUGUUUUUUAAGUUCUUUGCAAAUAUUAAUUUUGAAAAAAAAAUGAGUUUCUAAUGCUAUUUGCUUUUAGCUGGUAUCUGCCUAUGUUGGGAAUUUAGAACAGUCUCUUGUCAGUUAUGUAGAGACGGUGGUUAUGGAAACACUUAUUUACAGUCUAUCUUCUGAACUUAAAGUUCAUACCCUCUAAGAGGACCUGUGUUUGAUACAGAGUAGUUUUGUUUUUCCUGAUAAAUCUCUGUUAUACAUCUGAAUAUGUUCAUACAAUCCUUACAACCAACCUGGGCUUGUGGUUUGAUUUAGGGCUAAGUCACCGGCACCACAAGAUGAACUUAAGAAUUCGUUGUGAUAUUGCAAUAAGUGUGCCGUUAGCUAAAGUACCAAGACCCGUUUUCAUGAAGAAACCGAGACUUAAGGUCUUUUUAUUCCAACACAAAAUCAGUUAGCACCCACAAGGAAUAUUUUACACUGACAGCAUUUCGACGGCGUGUUACUGACAGCUUCGAUAGAAUGACUUCAUUUCGGAAGCAUGGCUUGCCGUAGAGGGACAGAUUGUUAGGGCCACAGGCUGCCCACAUCAGAGGGGUCGUGUAUUCCCUAUGUACUGGAAAAAUAACCCCUUUAUGGGCUCUCCAGCCCAUUGGUCAGCUUUAAUUUUCAGGUUUUCCUCCUAAAGGACCCUCUAUUCUGAUGUAAGUGAAGGUGGCUUGCAGGAGAGGCCCUUUUUUUCUCAUCAGAUCACCUUAACAGUUUAUGCCCCGUAUAAAAUGUAACUGAUCUAAAAAUAAUAUUAAAGAAUUUAUACUUAUUUUUACUUUAAAAGCCAUGGAAGACGGUUAUGUAUCUUAAACUGUCUAGAGCAUUUUUGAAAGCACUUGUCUUGUGUGUGUGUGUGCAUAUUAUACCGUGACAGCUCUCAUUGUCUUGUCUCUCGUCAGUAGACCUUCAGUACAGUCUGUGGGAGAUGUCAGUCAAGUCAUUCAGCACCAGCAUCUGUCCAGAUGUUCAGUAUCUGUGGUUCAUUUAAAACCUGUUCUGACCCAGACGUGGGCUUAGAUGCUGUAUCUGAGGGAUGUGUUGCAAUUUUAUUUACAAACACUAGAGCACACAGUAGAAAACUCGUAGUUUCAUUAGUAAUAUGACACAUGUAUAUAGUGAGAUGUCUUUAUUGUGCGCUUUGCAUAUUUUGUAAAUAUUUUGCACGUCAUUAUUUUCCUUUUUUGUUUGAGCAGUGUUUGGCCUGGAAGAGUAAUAUGCUUGCUGCUUAAAGGAUUAAAGAUUUAAAGGUGUCCAUGUCUUCUAUUUUUAUAUACCCUCAUAUUGUAUGAGAAUUUAGGACCUCUUCACUGUGAAAUUCUAAGUAUUGGUUUAUAUAUCUAUAUAUAUAAAGCAAAGCCUAGAAAUCUCUUAAUGACCAUUUUUGUUAAUUCUGAAGUUAUCUUUUUUGAGAGAUCUACACCAAAGUGUUUUUAUAACAUAACUAAAAAUAAAUCACAUUGUUGCUACAACUGU